CAGGACGCCAUCAUCCUGGCCCUCAUCAACAGCGGGACCAGCUUUUUCGCUGGCUUCGUGGUCUUCUCCAUCCUGGGCUUCAUGGCCGCAGAGCAGGGCGUGCACAUCUCCAAGGUGGCGGAAUCAGGGCCCGGCCUGGCCUUCAUCGCCUACCCCCGGGCCGUCACGCUGAUGCCUGUGGCCCCCCUCUGGGCUGCCCUGUUUUUCUUCAUGCUGUUGCUGCUCGGCCUGGACAGCCAGUUUGUAGGUGUGGAAGGCUUCAUCACAGGCCUGCUCGACCUCCUCCCGGCCUCCUACUACUUCCGUUUCCAAAGGGAGAUCUCCGUGGCCCUCUGCUGCGCCCUCUGCUUUGUCAUCGACCUCUCCAUGGUGACUGAUGGCGGGAUGUAUGUCUUCCAGCUGUUUGACUACUACUCGGCCAGCGGCACGACCCUGCUGUGGCAGGCCUUCUGGGAGUGCGUGGUGGUCGCCUGGGUGUACGGAGCCGACCGCUUCAUGGACGACGUCGCCUGCGUGAUCGGAUACCGCCCUUGCCCCUGGAUGAAAUGGUGCUGGUCCUUCUUCACCCCGCUGGUCUGCAUGGGCAUCUUUAUCUUCAACGUGGUGUACUACAAGCCGCUCGUCUACAACAACACCUACGUGUACCCGUGGUGGGGCGAGGCCAUGGGCUGGGGCUUCGCGCUCUCCUCCAUGCUGUGUGUGCCCCUCCACCUCCUGGGCUGCCUCCUCAGGGCCAAGGGGACCGUGGCUGAGGUCAGUCCCCUGCACCCCCUCUUCCCUGCACGACUCCCUCCCUCCCUCCCUCCCUCUCACCCACCGGAUCAAGGCGUUUCCUCCCAAGUGCCCCUUCUCCCACCCACUACUAGGAUGUAGCAUCACGCUAGGAGUCUCUGGGCCAGAAGUCUCUGGGCCGGCCCACAGGGGGGUGGGUGGAAGGAACGCUGAGCCUCCAGGUCCCGAGGUCACGGCAGGGGGAGGAGAGAGAGGUCUGUCCCUAGCCCCUGCCCCGUUUCCCUAGGACAGAGUGUGGGGUGUGGUCAGUGCCUGUGGGAGGGGCCCCGGACCCCCACCCGC